AUGUCCACAAGGAGAUCAAAUGCAAGGUGGGCAACUAUCGGCGGCGCAUUCAAACGUCUCAAAAGUUUGGAGGAGGCACGCACCAAAGCACGACCCUCCUUUAUCAAUCCCGUGCAAAGUUCACCAGCACCACCCACGUUGCGUUUACAGACGGACUUCGAAACGACGGCAAAGGACUCCGAUUUGGAGGAUCCGAAUACCAUGCAGUCGGCCCGAGAUGUCCGCAAGGCAGUGCGGAGAAAGCGCUCGAAAGGCUCACCUGCGGCAGAAGCUCAAACUUUGAAGAAGCUGAAGCAACAGAAUCUGACCAGCAAGGCAGCCCCGCAGACGGCGGUAACUUCCGAUCCACCUGCUAAGCCUGAAUGGACGCAGGUGAAGACGAAGAAGGAGAAAAAGAGGCAGGCCGGACAGCUCCAUCCACAGCUGCCUCCCAGAAAGAUGAAGGAAAAAAAGAAACAGGAGAGGGCUACUCGGAAAUCAGUGAUGCGACCUGAAGCGCUGAUUAUACGCCCCAAGGACAAGGAAAAGUACUCCGAUAUACUUCGUCGGGUGCAGAAGGAUGCUCCUUCCGAGGACGCUGUCGGUUGUGUCUAUAAGAUCCGCCGUACAGCAACCGGGGAUAUGCUGACCAUCCUUAGCAGAAAGACGACUGACGGAGCACCUAAGCUGCAUACGGCCAUCGUCAAUCUCCUUGGAGAUGAGGCUGAGGUGCUGAGUAAAGGGCCACAAGAAGAUCUCGAGAUCAAAGAUCUUAACGAAACUACAUCGAAGGAGGAGGUCAUCGAAGCCCUAAAAGUAGCAGCUGGGGAGGAAAACGCGAUCCAAGCGGAUACGAUCAAGGCCCUUCGUAAAGCUUAUGGAGGUACCCAGACUGCCUCAGUGAGACUCACAGCUACGACAGCGAAGAAGAUCCUGGGGGACCACGGGAAGAUUAAAAUAGGCUGGGUCAAUUGCGGAGUGAGAAAAGUGGAGAGGCCAUUAAAGUGCUUCAAGUGCUGGCACUAUGGCCAUCUCGCCACCAAAUGCAAGAAUGGGGUCGAUCGGUCCAAGAUCUGCAUCAAAUUUGCUGAGCCGGGCCACACCGUUGCUGCCUGCCAAAAGGAACCCAAUUGUGCUCUGUGCACUGAGAAAGGGAACAUGAAGAACUGCACUCAUAUUGCUGGCAGUACCAGGUGCCCAGUUUAUCAGGAGGCGCUAGAGAAAUUAAACAACAAACGACGAUGA